UGGAUCCUUUUCCAAAAGCCCGCAUCGAUGGCUCUCCUCCUCUUCCGCCUCUCUCUCUCUCUCUCUCUCUUCCCUUUCCCUCCUCCUCACUCUCAUUCAUUAACCACCGCCGCGUCCCAUUCCCAAGUCCCACCACCACCACCACCACUCACCGGCGGGAUGAGGAGUGGCCGUCCCCCUCCACCCGCUUUGCCCCCACGGCACCACCGCUCCGCCGCGAACACGCCCAAAUCGAGGCGGAGGACGCCCAGUCGCUGCACCUGCUCGACCACUUCGCCGCCGCGCCUGCCAUCGCUGCUGUAGGAGCGGCGGCGGAGGAGCAGGAGGCAACCCCGACGCUGAUCGACUCCCCGUAGCAAGCAGCGGCCGCACAGCCUCCUCCUCCCUUCGCCAAGCCGUCAGAUCUGGACUCCACGGCGCCGUCGCAGCCGCCACUCCAUGAACCUGCCGCGACCACGAACACGACGACGGGAGGGUGCUCUCCUCGCGCUGGCGAUGCUGCGUCCUACAGGAGCACAUCGCCCUGGACUACUUCCCGGCUUCCCCUGCUCCGAGCUCUCCACCGCCCCUGCCACCGCGCGCUCUCCCACGGCUUGCAUCAUCGUCACCGCCACCACCAACACCACAUCAACGCCGCCUCCGUGGUGCGCAUCAUGAUCCGCGAGGCCAUCGACCACUACGGCUUCGUGGCGCUGGCCACGCGCGUCAUGUUCGCCGAGCUCGAGAGGUUGGCGAACAUGACACUGUUCGCGCUGGACGACCAGGCCAUCUUCGUCGGUGAAGGCCACGACGACUCCGUCUCGGCGCGCGGUCCGCUUCCACGUCGUUCCCGGGCACCACCUCACCCAUGCCGAUCUCCAGCGACGCCGCGGCUGCUCCUGAUUUGCGGCAUCUGGCGCGGCGGCUUCGGCGGCGCUACUCGCGCCCCGCUGGUCGUCCAAGGGCGCCACGGCCACCCCGACACCCCACCGUCGUCCUUGGCGUACUGGAUACCCGGCACGGGCGGGGAGAGGCGGUGCACCACCCGCGGAACCGCAACCUGCUCUGCUCCACCUCGACGCGGCGGGCGGGGCGGGGCGAGGCGAGAGGGCGUGGAAGGACCACGUCGACGUCGUUGGCGAGGGCUACGCCAUGCUGCUCAGGAUCGCCCACAUUUGGCUCCUCCACCGGCGGACCAAGUCUGCCACAAUUGGCGCGCGCCCAGCCAUCCCCGUCGAUCCUCGUCCGGCGCGCCGCACCCUCGCCGGCUGCGCCACCCACGCGCUCCAGGACGACGCACGCGCCACGCGUUACUUGGGCUACUACGACGGUGGCUGGGUCUUCAUCUCCUUGGGCCACACGACGCGCUCCUCAGUCUCCACAACCUUCGCCGCCAUCAACCACUCUGCACCCAUGUCCUCCCCUAUCCGCCGAAGACGUCCGCGCGCGUUCAGGGUGCUUGGAAUCGCUGGGUGGGCGGAUGCUGUUCCUGUUCGUCGCUGCAGUGCAGAUCGUACAAUGCGGACGACUAUCCGGCCGCCGACUUCAACGUGGUUGCCAGCGGCCAAGUUCUUUGCCGGAGCAAGUCCCGUCGAACUACUCACCGCCGGCGUGGCUUCUACCCCGUUAUGUUAGUUUGAUCGAUCGUCCCGUCCUGGUACAGGUAUUCUUGCUGUCAAUUUGUUCAAGAUUUGCUUCAAGAUUGCAAUUGCAGUUUCAGUUUCAGUCCUCUUGCUGCCAAGGAUAAUGCAGUUACAGUUUCAGUCAAAAUUUGAUGUCAUAAUCGUGGAUUGGUACAGUUGCUACAAAUGCUGGAUAGUAGUAUUAAUUUCUCCCUUUUCUACCACAAAAUGUUUCCAAGUCUGAAUUGUGAAUGUGUGUGAUCUGAUGGAUUGCAUCAAUGCUGCAUGCCGUUCAUCA